UACGUUGGAAAUUAUUCUAUGACAGGCCAGCAUGGAACAACAACAACAACACCGGCUGGACGAUCAUGGACAGAUUUUUGUCUAUUUUCCGAUUAUUCCAACGAAGAAAUCUGGGCUCAUUUAUGGUGUCGUGAAACCCAACGAGAGUUAUUAUAAUUGCUUGAAUGUGUACGUCGUUUCUUUCGAGGAAGAUGCCGUUCACCAGUUUGAGCCGAUCGGCACAUGGAACACUGAAGAUAAUUCAAGUCGAAACAAAUCUCCAUACUGGAUUAAUUUGAUAACAGAAAAUCACCACCCUAAAAUAGAAAGUGCUGUUGUUGCUGGUGUUCAUGUUCCCAUGUCACAAGCUUUGUUGGUUCUCUACGAUGAAAGUUUCCUGCAGUCUGAAAUUUUGGAACGGAAUGAAGACUGGAAGAAUUCAAAGUGCCUUUGUGAACUAGGUAGUCUCCUUAGAUUGAGUCACAACAUUGGUGUCAAACGGGAAGAAGUUAGCCACCAACAGAUCACAGAAUCUGUCUUCAACCACUCCAAGGUUGUCCUCCAGCUACGACAGAGAGCACUUCAAUGGAGAGCCUGGAGAUCAUGUCGGUCAGAGUUGAUCUCCACCAACCUAUUGUUGAUGAUGCUCAUCGACCUGUUUCUUGGGUUUUGCUUUGUCAGAAUGUUUCAUUCCCUUGGUGGAGCCAAUGAAGUUUUGGAAAUGUUUCUUGAAUCAGUCAAAGUUAUUGCUGACAAUCUUCAGCUGCUCAUUGAAUGGCUAAUGGGUGUUCCUGUUGGACUGAAACUCAACAGACCUCUGUCCACUGUACUGGGCAAGUUCUUUCUCUACCAUCUCUACUUGUGGAAAACAUAUAUAGAUAUCAUCAAGCCUAUUGUGUCCACCAUCAUAUUUAUUUCAUCGACUGUUGGCCUAAUUGGGCUUUCAUUCCAGAUGGCCCUUUUAAGUGACUUGAUCACAAUGGCCUCACUUCACUGCUACUGUUUCUAUGUCUAUGCAACCAGAUUAUACGGUAUUACUCUCCACGGACUUGGGUCGACACUGCGAAUGUUUGGCGGACGUAAAUGGAACCCAUUGCGCUCACGAUACGACUCGGGUGAUUUUUCGUGGGAUCAGCUCUGUGUCGGCAUGUUCAUCUUCUCAAGUUUGCUUCUACUUCUGCCAACCCUUCUAGUCUAUUACGUCGUUUUUCUUGCGUUGCGACUCUGUGUACUGUUUCUUCAAGGAACACUCAGACGACUUAUUUGGAUAAUCAAUAGUCUACCUAGCUAUUCGUUGUUACUCUGGAUUCUCGGAUCACCAUCGUUGGCCGGCGACGUCCUAUUCGAAGUAAUUCCUGGCAGAGAUUCCACACUGAAACUAGUCUGGACUAAGUUGCCGCUAAUGGAAAGCAUGCGGCGCUCGCUCAAUCCAUCCGCCCCGGAAUAUCCUGGUGUCAAUUGGGCCAAGCGACUGAAUGAAAUGGUUUCAGGUGACUUGAUUUAUCCUAUAUAAGAAAAUGUGCUCGAAACGAAA